AGUUGUGUAGGGAGCGUCAGGGGAGGCAGAGCUCAGUGUGUGUUGAAACAUCAAGGUGGAGUGUCGUGCGUCUCUCUCUCUCUACUCUACUGACAACCCAAAACUUAACUGAUUAUAAAUAUAUACAUACUGACACGUUCUGCGUAACCUGGAACUUUAGAGAUAAUUCAUCGUGUUCAUCAGCCUCGUAAAUAGGAGGGACGUGGUCGCAGAUACACUAUCAACCACAUCGUCAAGCAUAUAUAAACACCGGCCAAUAUUACGCAAGACUAAACCAGGGGCGAGAUAAACAACUUUAGCAGUGACUAACUAAACGCCAACAUUCACGCUACGCUUGAAAUGUUAAGUUGGGCUAAGAAACAUGUGCGGCAUAAACAGAGAAAUGCUGAUGAACAACAUGACUCUGAAACAGAUCAAGGCUCGGAUGUUGAGAGUCCAGAGAAGAGGUCGAGUCCUGAGAAAAAGCUUCCUCCGGAGAAGAGGACUCCAAGUUUUGCUAAAAGACUCGCCUCUUUCAGGAAGUUAGGACUCGAUAGGAAGAGUCCAGAUAAAGCCUCGAAGGCAAAGAGCAGAAGUCCGGAAAAACGACUGAGGGACGACAGUAGAAGUCCUGAGACGAGACACUUGAGCCAAGACAUCAGUAUGAACGGUCGUGCUGGUACAGACUCCGGUGCUGGGAGUGAGUCCAGCACCCCUGAAAGGCAGCAGAGUCCAAGUCCUAGACGAAGUCCAGCAACACAGUCACUUGGAAGAGCAGCCGUGGAUCCGUCACCCACACGGAGAACAGAUACGUACUCCAGUUCGAAGCCACACCAGCAGCCGGGUGGAGACGCAACUCAGCCUUCACCAGAUCAUAUUAUCAAAGAAUCAAAGUCAGAAAACUCCUCCGAGAGUUUUAAUGUAAACGAAACACUAAAGUUAUUCACCUCAGAGACAUCCAGAAUUCCGCAGAGAUUUGUGAUUCCAGCUCCGAAGAGAUCCACAAUUCCAGAGAAGCCACUGACUCCGGACAAAUCCAAAACUCCGGAGAGGUCUACAACUCCGGACAAAUCCACGAUUCUGGGCAGGUCUUCGAUUCCGGACAAAUCUUCGACUCUUGAGAAGUUCCGUUUUCCAGAGAGACAAAAGAGUCCUGAGCGGGACUACAAGAGUUUACCUUGUACAACUUCAGAAGUCCACACAUGCUCCGGGAAUCUGCAUACUGAAGUACUUUAUGAAACUGACAAAUUGAAAAACACGGAGAAAUUAGAUAAUUUAAAUAGUGUUAGCGCUGAAGAGGAAGAAAGUAAUAAGUCAGAAAGUUCACCCGGUGUAAAUACAAGUGUAAAUGAAGCUACGGUUGUACGUGUUAUUAAUGAACACAGUGAGAAAGAAUCCACGCUAUGGAUUAGUGAUAACAUUAAGGAGGAGUUAACACAUGGUGAACACGAGGAACAAACAAACGAGAGGAACAAGCAAAAUCAAAAGGUAGAAGACAAGGCAGAAGACAAGGCAGAAGACAAGGCAGAAGACAAGGCAGAAGACACAAGCCAGUCCCCAAGAAACAUCACUAACGAUAACCAAAGGACUGUUGUGGUGGCAGCGCCUGUGCUGCACACCUGUGAUGGCAGAGAUGAUGACCAACACUCAAGCAACACACCUGAUGAACACCGUGAUGAAGUGGCUCAGAAACUAACUGAUGAAGGCACUGUUGUUAGGGAUGAAGGUAACCUUCCUCCGCCAGUGGUAAGUAUGACAUCACAACGGAGUAAAGAUCCUCAGCUCCUUCAGAAUCUCAACACUUCUUCGGAAAGUGUUAAGGAGCCUCCACCAUCUCCAGUUAAUUACUCUACAAAGGAUAUUAAGGAAGUACCAGUUCCAGUAAUUAUCCCAGCAACGAAUAGUGAAAAUCUUUUAUCAUCGGACAGCAAUACUUUGAAGAGCAAGGAGAAUUAUGGGGCUGAGAUGACGGAGGCUUUAAAAACCCAUAAGAAACCCAAGACGGAGGAUUCAGUGAAGAAAAGUGAGGAUGCUGCUGAGGAUGCUGCUGAGGAUGCUGCCAAGGAUGCUGCCAAGGAUGCUGCCAAGGAUGCUGGCAAGGAUGCUGGCAAAGAUGCUGCCAAGGAUGCUGCCAAGGAUACUGCCAAGGAUGCUGCCAAGGAUGCUGCCAAGGAUGCUGCCAAGGAUGCUACUGAUGAUUCUGCUAGGAAUGCUACUGAAGGUGUUCCUUGUUCUCAAAUCUCUUUUCCAACAGACAGGGAGAAGCCUGUAGAAAAUGGCCCUAUAAUAGACAGUGAAAUGCAAAAUAAGAAUUCUCAGGAACUUUGUCUUACAUGUGAUGAAAAAUUUCCUCCAUCUCUGCAUAAUGUGGCAGAGAUGAAUGAGAAACAACCGUCACUUUCACUCCAUCAUCCACCAGCUGGAUACAUCACACCUUCACUUAGUGGUCCCCUAGAUGAAAGUGAUGUAUCACCAUCUCUUCUGAAAGAAAUUUCAGAUGUCAGUGAGAAACAUCAAACUCCAUCACCUCCACUGAAGGAAGUGUCGGAUGUCAGUGAGAAACUUGCACCGAAGGAAGUGUCAGACGUCAGUGAGAAACUUGCACCGAAGGAAGUGUCAGAUGUCAGUGAGAAACUUGCACCGAAGGAAGUGUCAGAUGUCAGUGAGAAACUUGCACCGAAGGAAGUGUCAGAUGUCAGUGAGAAACUUGCACCGAAGGAAGUGUCAGAUGUCAGUGAGAAACUUGCACCGAAGGAAGUGUCAGAUGUCAGUGAGAAACUUGCACCGAAGGAAGUGUCAGAUGUCAGUGAGAAACUUGCACCGAAGGAAGUGUCAGAUGUCAGUGAGAAACUUGCACCGAAGGAAGUGUCAGAUGUCAGUGAGAAACUUGCACCGAAGGAAGUGUCAGAUGUCAGUGAGAAACUUGCACCGAAGGAAGUGUCAGAUGUCAAUGAUAAACCUGCUGUACCUCCCAAGAGUGACCUCGUCAAAUAUCACCAUGAUAACGUCGCAUUAGAGCGGCCAUUACCCAUAUAUCCAUUCGUCUCACCGGAUCAAGGCAAUGAAAAUAAUAAAUUUAACGACGCUGCAGAAGAUGGUUCUGUCAGUCAACCAGUUGGUGCAAGCAGCGGCAGCCUACCAGGUGGUGCAAGCAACGGCAGCCUACCAGGUGGUGCAAGCAACGGCAGCCUACCAGGUGGUGCAAGCAACGGCAGCCUACCAAGUGGUGCAAGUAACUGCUGUCGUAAAUCUAGUGUACUUAGUGGAUCUGAGCCGCACUCACUGGACACAUCUCACAGUGAAACAGAUGGUAGGUUCAGGGGUUCACUGCCAUCUUCUCUUAAUAAAUCUUACAAAAAUAGCACUGCAGCAGUGCCACCAUCCCCAGCGCGCCGGCUUUCACGUGGAAAUAAGGAUACAAAGCCUAGUGAUUCACAGUACUCGUUAAUGAGCACAUCUUAUCACAGUGGGGAUAAAAAUGUUGAACACAAGACACUGUUUAUCACCGGUGAUGCUUCAUCUGCAGCAGUUGGAGGCUCCCUGCCAGCAUCACCUUCAACACCCAGACGCACCAGGAGGCCACAUCCAGUACCUGCUGCACGAUCACUUCAGACAUUUGAUACAAGUGAGCAAUCGAAGCUGAGUGUUAGUGUGUGUGAGAAGGAAGUGGGUGAAGAUGUACCUGAUGUAACUCUGGAACCUCCAGAACCUCCACCUCAAGUUCAGAGAAGAGAGCAACACGCUGAGAAGCCUCCGGCACCUCCAGUUCCCAAGCCCAGAAAAACUGUUUCAUUAAAUCCCUUUGACAGUGACGAGGAAAGUGAAGAGCAACUAUCAUCAUCAAAACACAUUCCUGUACCAAAGCCUCGAAAAUCACUGAAUCCCUUUGAUAGUGACGAAGAUGAGGAUGAAUUUGAUGAACGAAAGUCAAAGGAUCAAGCUCAGCCGUUUUCAGGUUCUGUCCGUACCACGUCCGUGGCAGCAGCAAGUGUAGGAAAAAAUCCUUUUGACGAGGAAGACGAAAUAAGUGAUGAUUUUCACGAGACAAGUGACAAGUUAGAAGAACCAAAGUUUCAACCCAUAAGAUCGUCAUCUCCGGCAGUAAGUUCCAUAUCUUCAAGUUGCUCAUCUCUUUCACCAAGGCAUCUAAAUGACUCUAUGACCUCAGUUAACUACCAGUCACUGAACGCAACAAGUGAAUGCAUCUCUACCAAUCCCUUUGAUGAAGACACUGACAUCACUGAAGGAUUAACUCGAGAAACAAAGUCACGCAAGUCAUUUUCAGCGGCAAGUUUAUCUCCCAUUCAACGAAAUGCAAUGACAUCGUCGCUACCUCCUUCAGCAAGAAUCAAAACGGGGAGAAAAAAGAGACAAGCACCGCUGCCUCCAGGCCUGAUGCCCCAGCCGUCAAGUAUGGCAACAAGUGGUCAGCAUUUGACAACUGAUACUUCUAGCUUGCCCAGAAGGUUACCAUCAGGUUACCAGAGAAGCCAGAGACAAGACUGGAUCACCACCGGCAGCACCACCACCACCACCACCACCAGAGCAUCACCUAAGAAGCCACCACCGCCCCGACCACCUCCACCCAAAGCCAAAAUUAUCCUCCAGGACACAAAAUGAAAAUAAUUUCAGUAUUAGAACAGUGUAUAUAAUGUAGAAAUAAUAUAAGGGUAAUAAAUUAUUAUUAUUUUAGUUUAAGAAGAGCUAAGCCCGUAAGGGUGAAGCAGGUUUGAUCUGAGGAAGCGGAGGAUAGCGUCAACCCAUCCUUGAGAGGAUGGGUAUUUAAUGCAAUAGUUAAUAUUAUAAAUGAUGGGUAUUUAAUGCAAUAGUUAAUAUUAUAAAUGCUGGGUAUUAAUACAACAGUCAAUAUUAUAAAUGCUGGGUAUUAAUAUAACAGUUAAUAUUGUAAAUGCUGGGUAUUUAGUAUAACAGUCAAUAACAUAAAAGAAAGUAAUGUUGUACACACAACUCCAUAUAUACUGUACCAUAACAUCAUAUAUACUGUACCAUAACAUUAUACAAAUACUGUACCAUAACAUCAUACAAAUACUGUACCAAAAUAUUUAAAAUAUCCCAGGAAUUAUCAUCAUAAUCCAAGUAAAUUAUCAUUAUCAUAUUUCCCAAUUUUUAUGUAUGAGAUUAAAAUAUCGUAGUGUUGCUCAUACAUAAUUUUGUUACCUUUUUUCGAUGGUUUUGAAGGGCGAAACGUCGACAAAUGUGUGGACAAAGAUGCAAGCAGACAGGGAAAGGGACAGCAUUUCCAUCGCAUUGGAAUGAAACAUUGUUCAAAUGUAUCAUUUAAGAGUGAAACAUCGCUCAAGAGCGAAACAUCGUUCAACAGUGGAACAUCGUCCAAGAGUGAAACACCGUUCAAGAGUGAAAUAUCGUUCAAGAGUGAAACAUCGUCCAGAGUGAAACAUCGUUCAAGGGUGAAACAUCGUUCAGGAGUGAAGCAUCGUUCAAGAGUGAAACAUCGUUCAAGGGCGAAACAUCGUCCAAGAGUGAAACAUCGUUCUAGAGCGAAACGUCGUUCAAGAGUGAAACAUCGUUGAAGAGCAAAACAUUGUUCAAGAGCAAAACAGUGUUCAAGGGCGAAACAUCGUUCAAGAGUGAAACAUCGUUGAAGAGCAAAACAUCGUUCAAGAGCGAAACUUUGUCCAAGGGCGAAACAUCGUUCAAGAGCGACACAUCGUUCAAGGGUGAAACAUCGUCCAAGAGUGAAACAUCGCUCAAGAGCAAAACAUCGUUCAAGAGUGAAACAGUUCAAAAGCAAGACAUCGUUCAAGGGCGAAACAUCGUCAAUGGCACCUGCCUCUCAUGUUUCAGGUGCUGUAUGAUCCCUACGGGUUUAACGCUUACCCACAAAUGCAAUGAGAACUAUAUCCAAAUAAAGGCUUGCUUGUUCUUAAGAUUUGUGCCUUUGGUCACGUGCCUUUGUUCGUAUGCCUUUGCUCACAUACCUUUGUCCACGUGUCUUUGUUCACGUGCCUUUGUUCAUGUACCUUUGUUCACAUACCUUUGUUCACGUGUCUUUGUCCACGUGUCUUUGUCCAUGUGUCUUUGUUCACGUGCCUUUGUUCACGUUCCUUUGUUCACGUGCCUUUGUCCAUAUUCAGUGUAGCUGGCACUCUGAAGGAGGGGUGUUAAUGUUGCAGUUUUGUAACUGUAGUGUAAAGCACACCUCUGGCAAGACAGUAAUGGAGUGAAUGAUGGUGAAAGUUUUUCUUUUUCUGGUCACCCAUCUUGGUGGGAGACGGCCGAUGUGUUAAUAUAAAUAAUAACUUAUCUGACACUUAGAGUUGGCAGAAAUCUGUCUCAUUACUCCAUAGUGUUAUUAACCCAGAGAAGCCAAGCUCUGUGGCUCAUUUGUUUUCGGUCGUAUCCUCUGAUGCGACUCCCAGCAGUUUUCUAAAACCCAGGUUUCUAUAUAUUUUAAGGAAAAACUCACCAUUUUAGGCGAAAGGACACAAGUGUAACUAAUGUGACAUUUUAUUGUGGCAUUAGUUACACCUGUGUCCUUUUACCUAACAUAUUGUUGGUACAUUAAUACUAAACUCCACAUUAGUUAUAAAUCAUGCAUAUGAGAAAUGUUAUGGUAAUACGGACAGUAUGUGGAAAGACACUUGUGUACAGUUCAGGACAUGUAUUAUAGGAAACGUUUCGCCACGAGCGGCUUCUGCAGUCCUAAUACGAAGAUA